AUGGCAUUACGGUACCCAGGCUACACCAGACAAGCUACUAAGUAUCUCAUUUCCUGCGGGUUCCUCCUGCUGCUGCUUUUUUUCUGGCUUCCAGAGCUUUCAGCACGGCGCUACAACACUUGGGAUUGGACAGGCUGUCCAGAUCCUAGUGCUACGAUCGCCCAAGAUAUACAAAUUGUGGUCAGGACAGGGGGCUCAGAACCCCAGAGUAGACUUCGUUCUCAACUAUCCACAAUUCUCUCUCGGAUCCCACAACGGAAUGUCCUUAUCUUGUCGGACAUGGAAGAAGAGAUCGGCUCUUACCAUGUUCAGGAUGUCUAUGCCGACUUAUCAGAGCAAGAGCGUGCGAGCUACCCCGAAUUUGCCCUGUAUGACACACAGCUGGAGUAUCAAAAACAGGGGGGAAAUACUCGCGAGCUACAAGGUGGAUGGAACUUGGGCAAAUAUAUGAAUCUAGCUAUGAAGCGCAAGAUCUGGAAAAUGCAUCAGGAAUCUCACGGCGGGUUUAAUUUCAGAUGGUUCGUCUUCUUAGACACGGACACAUUCAUUGAAUGGGAGAAUCUCCUCGUUCUGUUGAGUCAUCUUAACGAUGCGAAACCGCUUUACAUAGGCAGUCCGGUCUGGCUGCCAGCGCUGCAGUUUGCCCAUGGCGGAAGCGCAUAUAUUUUAUCAUAUGGCGCCAUGAAAGCUCUAAAUACCCCUGAGACACGUGAUAAGGAACAGCUCUUGUAUAGCCAAUUCGGUUUCAACACAACUGCAUUGUGCUGUGGCGAUGAGGCCCUCGCGAACGUAUUGAAAUCAAAAGGGGUCAGCCUAAAAGGCUACUGGCCAAUGUUUAAUGGAGAGAUACCAGCCGCUCUCUCCUUCGGUAGAGAUCUUUGGUGUGAGCCCGUCAUUUCGUUACAUCACAUUGCCGGGGAGGACAUGCAAGAUCUCUGGCAGUGGAUCGAAAAUUGGAAACUCAGGACAAGCAGCAUGCAACCAAUUUUGUUCAAAGACUUGUUUGAAUAUGUUGCUCCGCAGAUAAUCGGCACCCGUGAGGACUGGGAUAAUAUACAUGGCAGCAUGAAGAUUUUUCCAAAGUCUACGGCAGCUCAUAGCUCCUUCCAAAACUGCAAGGCAGCCUGUGAACUAGACAGUUCUUGCUUUCAGUUUGUCUAUGAUGGCACCACCUGCGCGGUUUCAGAUCACAUCCGAGUUGGUAGCAAACGUUCACCUGAAGAGAAUCCAGCGCGAACAUACAUAUCCGGAUGGAUGAUAGAAAGGAUUCGAGACUGGACAAUGAAGACCUAUUUAUGGUAUCUUAUUGGCAUUCUUGGCAGUGUUUCAGAGGAAAGCGAAGAGAGUCUCAGUUGUUACUCUGAAUGUGCAAAGCACUGUAUUGUUCCACUGCGAGAACGAGGCAAAUACAUGUCGGUGAUCUUCUAUAUCAACGUUCCAAUCGGAGGAGGAGUCGACACUUUGCCAACAUUUGCUGGUAUUAUCCCUUUUGCUAUUAUGGGCGGCGUGAUUCUGUCCAAGACUGGCCGGUACAAGCCGUUGCACUUCUUUGGGUUCAUUGCCUUGACUAUCGGCUUUGGUCUGUUUAGUACGCUGGAUGAAAAUCCAAGUGACGCUGCCUGGAUCUGCUACCAACUGCUAUGUUCCAUCGGUGCUGGGUGCCUCGCAGGCAUCACCCUGCCUGCCGUUCAGGCUCCGCUAGAUGAAAGUGAUGUGGCUACCGCGACUGGUUUGUGGAGCUUCACCCGUGGGUUUGGGGCGAUCUGGGGUGUCACUAUUCCAGCUGCGGUGUUUAACAAUGAAUGUGCCAAACAUGCCGCUAUGGUGAGCAACGCAGGGGUUGCGCAGAAACUUUCGGGUGGAAAAGCCUACGAGUAUGCCACGCAGGCUUUUCUCAACAGCACCAGCGAUCCGACAGUCCGAGCAGAAGUCAUACGAGUUUUCGCAAAAUCAAUGCAAACCGUUUGGUAUGUCUGUCUGGCAUUUUCCGCACCCGGAUUGAUCAUCGCCCUGUUCGAGAGGGAGGUGAAGCUGCGUCAAGAUCUCAAGACGGAAUUCGGCAUUGAGGAAGAUAGGAAAGACCCCGCUGCUUUUGGGGUGAUAGGCUUGUCAACCGUCGAGGCCAACGCCGUAAGCUGA